AUGAAUCGAGUGAAUCUGGUUGUCUUCAAACAAAUUGCCAUAGCCGGGCCAUUUAUCAUCAUCUACUGGCUGAGUAUGAAUUUGGAAAUGAUUUUGGGGCCUCCCCGCAAACGUGGAAUUAAUUGCAUGGAUAUGAGUAUUCGGCAACCCUAUGUGGAGGAUACCAUCGAUUGGAAGCUGUUGUAUGUAAUUGGUUUGGACACACCCAUUAUUGUUAUCAUUCUAAACGAACUACUUCAUCUCAUAAUGGAAAAGGGAAAGGGUGUGCGGAACUUGAAGAAAUUCUUCGUGCAUUUGUAUUUGGCUGGCAUGCCCUUCCUGUGUGGUUUUGCAUGUGAAAGAUUUUUGAAAAAUCUCCUGAAAGUAAGCGUGGGACGUUUGAGACCUCAUGCCUACACCUUGUGUCAACCCAUCAGCUUGGAGGGUUUUACGUGUGAACAACUAUCUGGAGCUUCUGUUUAUAUAGCGGAAUAUACCUGCAGUGGCAGUAGCCAUCGCGGUUCAUCCAUUUAUAAGUCAUUUCCCAGUGGCCACUCAAGUUUGGCAUUUUAUGGUCUACUCUACUUGGUGUUAUAUUUCCGAAGGAGCUUCGAAGUGCUGAAAGGAAAUCAAGGAUUUUUUGCCACUCUAUAUCGUCCCUUGAUUUUGGUCAUACAAUUAUUGUGUCUCAGUGUUGCUGCCAUGGUUGCCAUCAGUCGUGUCUUUGAUUACAAACAUUUUUGGUCAGAUGUUGCCGCGGGUUCGGUGUUGGGCGCCACGGUGGCAUUGGCAUUCUCCUAUUAUGCUGAAGAAAAUGCGACUGAAGUUAAAAGGGUUUUAGAGGAGCAAUCCAAAGGGAAUUAUGUGGAGUGUAUGAAAGAGGAUGGCAAAAUUGAUGGACAACCGGAGGUAUGUGCCCUACAAAUGGAGGAGAUUACAGAGGUGGUGUAG